GUGCAGCGUUAGUUCCAUUCACUAGCAUGCUUUCUUCAAUAAAUUAUUGGCGACGACAGAUUCACCCUCCGCAACCUAAGUCGCUAUACCAAUAUGUAUCGUUCUUGCAAACGGAUAGAUGGAAAAGUUAUUUGAGCCGUACCAAAAGUGAAUUGCAACUAAAGUAUAUACAAAGCAGUGAUAAAUCAUCAGCAGUUGUUUUGGCCGAUAAAGAAUAUCUACGAACAAUUAAGACCAGUCAUUUAUUGAUUGAUGCGACAUACGAAGUUUGUCCCCGAGCUCCAGCAGAAAUCUAUUAAUUGCUAACUAUUAUGGCUGUAGUAGAUAAAAAUACACUUCCAAUCACAUGGGCAUUGAUGACAAAUAAAACAAAAAAGAGUUACACGGACAUUUUAAAAUACUUUAAAACCGAAUUAGCUCCACAUCGAGAGCGUCACGUCAGAUUUCGAAUUGGGAAUAAUGGGAGCCGUCCGAUCAUCUUAUAUCAAUGCACACCCACACGGGUGUUACUUCCACUUUAUACAAGCAAUAAUUAAAAAAACGUCCACUUUAAGAUUAGAUGCUUUGAUUGGAGAAAGAGAAGACAUUGGAGUUUUCAUCAGAAAACUUUUGGGCCUUGCUCUGUUGCCAGCGACUGAUAUCGACAGAGCUUUUGAAUGGCUCAUUAAUGAUCACAAAGAAAUGAUCAAGGAAUUAAAUGGAUUAAUAAGUUAUUUUAGAGAAUACUGGCUUAAAGUCGUAAAACCUGAAAGAUUUAACUGUUACCGAAAAGAAAACAAAACCAACAACAACAUUGAAUCCUACCACAGAGUACUUAGAUUAAAGUUAGGAUCGCAUCCGUCAAUCUGGGAAUUCACAGAACGUAUUGCAACACUCCAAGAGUUGGCAAAAAUAGAAAAAGACUUCAUUAGAGCUGAACUUAGAAAUAAGAAGUCCCGAAAGUAA